CAGGGCCCAUCAGAUAGUAUUAGCUCCCUCGAGUUCUCACCAGACUCAUCCACCGUCCUCCUCUCUAGCAGCUGGGAUGGCCAUCUACGCGUCUACGAUACAGCUGCCUCCAGCGCAUCAGACCAGCCACUCGAGCCCUACGUCGAUAUUCACCUCCGUGCACCCAUCCUAGACGCGUGCUUUAUCGAUGGCAACCACGCAAUCGCUGCAUCCCUCGAUGGAUCCGUCAAAUUACUCAACCUUGGACGCGGCAACAAGCAACCCCUCCUCCAUCUCUACACCCGUCACACGCAAGCCGUCUCCUCGUGCUGUUUCAGUAAGCAGCACAUGCUUUUAUUGACGGGGAGUUGGGAUAAGACCCUUCAUAUUCGCGAUAUUCACGCAUUGACGGACGAUUCAAAACCAGCACUCAUCCUCACAUUGCCUGAAAAGUGCUUCAAGUUGUCAUGCUCCAAUGAUGUCCUCGUCGUGGCAAUGGCAAACCGUGCGGUUCAUUUAUAUCAGCUUGCAGAGUUGCGAGCAGCAAUGGAACAGCAAAUGCCAAGUAGCCAAGUGCCACCCAUGCAGCGGCGUGAAAGCUCCCUCAAGUUCAUGACGCGCACGGUCCAGUGCACACCGGAUAAUACAGGCUUCGUCAGUACCUCGAUUGAAGGCCGUGUCGCAGUUGAGUUCUUCGAUGCGGCAGAGGAGAUACAAGCGCGUAAAUACGCAUUCAAAUGUCAUCGACAGAAGGAAGUCAUUCAAGGCGCUGAGCUUGAUGAAAAGGAGGAUGUCGUCUAUCCAGUCAAUGCUGUUGCCUUUCACCCAAAGCAUGGGUCAUUCGCAACAGGUGGCGGUGAUGGUGUUGUGGCCAUGUGGGAUAUUAAAGCGAAACGACGCGUCAAGCUAUUUGGCAGUAUCGGAAAGAGCGUCAGCUGCUUGGCUUUCAGUGCUGAUGCAAAGACCCUGGCCAUGGGAACC